AUGUCUGAUAACGAGGAAGCCUUUAACGAUGGUCCAGAAAACUACGAAGAUUUCGACCAAGAACACUUUUCAGACUAUGAAGGGUUUGAUGAAUCAGAAGGUAAAUUUGGUGCUGGUAACGGAUUAGGCACUGAUGAAAAUGGUAAUACAAUUGUUGCUGGUGGAUUUGGUCCAGAGGAAUUCCAGCAACAAGAGGCACGUAGAAAGAGAACUUUGAAGGAAAAGGCUAUUCCUAAAGAGGAGCGUACCACAACGCCGUAUAUGACUAAAUAUGAGAGGGCUAGAAUCCUCGGGACUAGAGCAUUGCAAAUAUCUAUGAAUGCGCCAGUGUUUGUGGAUUUGGAGGGGGAAACGGAUCCAUUGAGAAUAGCAAUGAAAGAGUUGGCUGAGAAGAAGAUCCCAUUGGUUAUCAGAAGAUACCUUCCUGAUGGUUCUUUCGAGGACUGGUCAGUUGAGGAGCUCAUUGUGGACUUGUAA